UUGUACGAUAAUUAUUUUUAGUCUAUGGCUUACAUUAUCACUCGAGCGAGAGUGUGGUGUUUUGAAGCGAAUUGCAAAUUUUCCUUAUUAUUUCCUCAAAAAGCUUAAAACAAGAUCCAAAGCUUUUAGUUUUCUUACCAUAUUUAUGUGUAAAAUCAGUAUAUAUAUUCACAUAUCAAUUCCAAUAAUGGAGUUUCUAUAGUGAAUUAGAUCUGAUGGAGUGCCGAUAUCAAUCUAUCUUUUUCGAAAAUAUGUGGAAAUAUGUUACGCGGCGGUUUCGGGAUACGUUGGAGCGGGGUGCUAAUCAAUUUGAUAGAUGCAGCUCCACCGUAGUCGGUAAUGGUGCUGUCAAUUUUUGUGAGGAGAAAAAUGACAGUCCACCUUGGUGGUUAUCAAUGCGUAGUUCUGAAUCCUAUCAGAACGAGAAUGAGCCAAACCAUCAGGAAUGGAGCCCCGAACAUCAAGAGAGAAAUUGGAUGGGUGCCAUUACAUGGGAAAAUGGUGUGAACAUAAGUGAAAACCCGGAGAUACAUGCAGGCCCACCCUGCAAGUGGCUUGCACUCCGCAAAAGAUUUGAGUCCCACCAAGAUGACAAUGGUCCAAAUGACCACAAGUGGAACUUUGGACAUGGAGAUGGGCCAUGGUCGUGGGGAGGCAAGCCAUGGGAACAUGGUCCUGAAAAGGGAGGUGAAAGCAAUGUGAAGAAACCAGGGCCUCCCUCUAAAUGGCGUGGAUUUCGCUGCAGGUCUUUCCAGAAAGGGGAAGGUCCAGAUGCCGAGAAAUGGAGGGAACAUCGAGCUAGAAUUGCUAAAAUGUGGAUGGAUCCCAAAAAAUGGGAAAAUCGCAUGAAUGAACUUCAUGAGAGAGAUGAGAAACAUGUUGGUCCACCUCGUAAGUGGCAUGCACUUCGCUGUCAAACAUACCAAAACGAGAAUGAAAUGAAAUGGAGCAUUGACCACCCAGAGAAAACUUGGAUGAGUCCCAGAUCAUUGGAUAAUCAAUUGGAAACAGUAAAGGAAAAUAAUGAAGAAAAUCCAUCGAGUAAGUGGCUCCAACUUCGCAAAUGCUGCAAAUCGUACAAUGAUGAUAAAGGCACUAACAGCAACAAGUGGGGAUUCCAACACUUGAACAAGACUUGGAUGGAUGCUAUAACAUGGAGUGGUGCAGCAGUUUUGGGAUGGUAUACUAGUCAAAUUAUACAUUUCAAAGUGAAGCAACAUUGCAGGAUUCUUGACAUUCAAGAGAAAGCAUGCGCCCCUGUUAACAACUUGGUGAAUUCUGUCCAGCCAUUCUUGUCAAGUGUAAACAAAAAUGACUUCUACAUUGAAUCCAUUUCCAAAAUUGGGAAGAUGUUCUCUGAAUUUACUCCCACUGUAUAUUUGAUGCCUAAUGACAGUGAGAAAGAUUUCAAAGACUUGCCUAAAGUUUCAAUCAAGGAGAAUGUAUCUGAGAAAACCAGUGUAACGAGAACUCUCAGUAAUUCUAGCUCUGAAACAUCUGAUGAUGACUUGGGUGAUGUGCUGAAUUCCAUUGAAAACAGACUCGGCUUAGCGGCCAUUGAGAGUGGACACUAUCAAGAUGGAUUAAGUUUACUAAGAUCUGCAGCUGAACGUAACCAUGCUCCAGCCAUUUAUAACUUAGGGCUUUGCUAUGAAAAGGGAUUAGGUGUAACUGCUAAUGAAAAAACUGCAAUGGAGCUAUACAAGUCGGCCGCCUCACUGGAUCACCCUGAAGCCCUAUACAAUCUGGGCAUUUACUACGGUCAGGGUCGAGGCGGGCUCAAAGCUGAUCAGGAAACUGCGAUACGUUUGCUACGCCUCGCCGCAGUGCAGGGACAACAGGCUGCAGUCGAGGCUCUGAAGUAUCUCAACGUGAGUAUUUCUGAGCCGCGACACAAAGACGUGAACACAUGGACUUAUAACAAACAUUCAGAUUUUACCACAAACCCACAUGUCCCAACACCAAGCGGAAUGUUUGUCGAAAAUAUAAAUUACCUGCAGGCAGCAGUGUGAAGCUGCGAUGGCAUUUUUGUAUUUUAAGUUGGUGGUGGAUGAUUUUGUAUCGCGUACAUACACCUUAAUUAGUUGCUAAGUUACAAUACACGCAAAGCGUGAUUAUACCAAGUAAUUAAAUUACAUAGUUUUUUAAAAAGGUGGUGUCACAUUGUAUUUUUUAAGACGGAAUGUUUAAAUCACUAAUUAUCCCUUUAGUUUCUUCUUUUGAUGGAUCAAUGUUGUUUUACAAUAAUUUUUAUAAUUUUAUUUUAAAAGCAGAAUUUUAAUUUGUUGCUGUAAUUUGCUGCUGUACUAUUAGACAGAUAAAGAAAAAGGUUGCUUGGAAUUCGUUGACGAACACCUACUUCACCAUUUUAUGAAAUGCUUUCAGUGAUCAAAUUAAAUUAUUAUUUGAACAUAUUAAAAUUAAGUCUUAUUUCACACACCCACUCAGCGUCCAACAUUUAUAAUAAAUAAGCUUACACGUGAAGACCACAUACCUCGUCACUUCGGUGUUGCUCUAGAAUUCGUAAAAUUGUGCUUGAAUGAAAGAUCUACGUGAUACUUCACAAAGUUCUCAAUAAUACAUACAACAAAGUAUUCAUUAGAAGUAUUUUUUUUUCUAAUGACAUCAUUCAGGUUGUACUAAAUAACUAGCGAUAAGGCGGUACGCUCGUUAUUUCAUUAUUGUUUUUUCUAUGUAUGCACCUGCAAUCAACUGCUCUUUGCGACGCAUAAGGAUCAACACUGCAUUUAUCGCGAAUUAUACAAAUUAAUUCGAAUCAAAUCAUUCAUCUUUAAAGUUUAUGUAAAAAUUGAAAAGGUGUAAAUGUUUUUGGUAGAAACUUAUCUUUCUUCUCUCGUGUGGACUUCAGAAUUUGAUAAGUAAUCGCAGAGACAAGAAGAAUUAAGUUAAAACUGCCGAGUAUGUUUGUGUGGUCAGCCACACUAAAAUAUUGGCAGCUACCAAACUUUACUACUUUUUCUAGUUAUGUUAUUUAUUAUGUAGAAAAAGACAUAACUAUAUAAGUUACUUUUUUAAGCUAUUUUAAUGUGUUAAUUGUAACAUGUAAUAGUGUCUAAUCUCAGCGGUGUUGUUCCUUAAGCGACGUAUUAAAUGUACAAUGUACAAUAUACAUCCAUUUACUUAAUAAUUUUGUAUUCUUUUGUUUUGAAGCUUCACCACAAAAAAUCCGCCUAUGUUGUUCCUUAGUUUUCGAGUAUUGACUUUAUAUCGUAACUAUUUCAAAAUGACACAAAAUAAAUGCUUCAGUAUAUAUGAUUAUUAUUAUUGUCACUGUAUAUGUAAUUUACAUAAAUCAAUAAAAAUGUUGAAAACCAA